AUCUCUACGUCAUUGGGAUCUGCUAAUGUGAAAUGACAGACUUAACAUGACCAAUCAGUCAGCUGUAGCUCACUUGUGGAACCUCCUGAAGAUUGGAAAACAAGUGCUCUGUUCUGUAUUGCGGGGACCAGAACGUGGCCCUAUAAUGCAGGUGGAGCACACCCAUACAAGGUGUUGGGUUUGUGUGCUGAGCUGUCUUCUGCUUGCCUGUCAGUACGUUGGCAGUUUGUACAUCUGGAGAAGCAGCUUACCCAGGGACCAUCCCAGAAUGAUAAAGCGUCGCUGUGCCAGUGUGCUGCUGGUCUCUGCACUCUCACCCGCAAUGGUGAAAGCAUGGAUGCACUGGGCUGAUGUCAGGGUCGAUGCAUCUGUGUGGGAGUUGAUGGGAGUUCGUCUGGACGGUCUGGUUCCUGCAGCCAUACUGCCACUACUACUAACCAUGGUACUUUACCUUGGACCCCUGGUUCAUUCUGCAAUAGACAACCCUGAAGGAUUCACUGGGGAACUUCAGUCUGCACUAGAUGUUCAGUCAUGGAGGGUGUGUGUAGGUGAUGCAGUUUGGCUCAGGAACCUGGUGGUGGCACCAGUGACGGAGGAGCUGGUGUUCAGAGGGGCCAUGCUGCCCAUGCUGGUGUCCUGCACGGGACCCACAGCUGCCAUCUUCAUCGCUCCGCUGUUCUUCGGUGUUGCCCAUUUCCACCAUAUAAUAGAGCAACGCCGCCUCCACAAGGACAGUAUGAGUGCCAUCCUCUUAGUGUCAGUGGUACAGUUCUUGUACACAACUGUGUUUGGUGCCUUCACAGCCUUUAUAUUCAUGAGAACUGGCCAUGUUGCAGGUCCAGUUUUGUGCCAUUCAUUCUGUAACAGUCAGAGCUUUCCUGACAUCAGCUCUGCCCUGCAACACCCUCAACGAUCAGCUCUACUCUUUUCAUAUCUGAUGGGGGUGCUGCUGUUUCUGGUGCUACUCUUCCCGCUGACAGACCCCUUCCUCUAUGAUUCCAUUCCCAUCUGCAGCCUGGCUGUACCUCCAGCAUAUGUGUGCUAAAUUAAAUUAAAUUAAAUGCC